CUUGAACUUUCUUCACCAGAUAAUACACAACCACAGGCACAGACACCACCUUUACUGAAGCAAUCUGGGUUCACAUUUCCAAAAUGCCCGUCGACUACAGUAAAUGGGACGCACUCGAACUGAGCGACGACUCAGAUAUCGAGGUCCACCCCAAUGUCGACAAACGAUCUUUUAUUCGAGCAAAGCAGAAUCAAAUCCACCAGCAACGCUUCGAACGCAAGCAUAAAAUCGAGACGUACAAGUACGAGCGGAUCAUCAAUGAUGGACUACUCCAACGCAUCACUGCCCUGCUUGCUGCAUUGGAAUCUCACAGCGCGGAAGCAGAGAAGAGAAGUCCAGAUGAGCUUGUCUUCCAAGCAAUGAUGGAAUCGGCGGGAGGCCUAGACGACCACCCUCCUCCUCGACCGGCUGGCGUCCAUACCCAGGAGAAGGAGUUGCCCACCUAUUCCAAAAUGAUGGCUACAUUGAUCGAUCAAGUUAAAAGUAAGGUGGAAGAGGAUAAGGCCGAGAAUCGUUUCGAGGCUUAUGUUGCGGAAAUCAAGGUACAUCAAUCAAAGGUUGAGGAUUUGCAAAAACAGUUGUUGGAACAACUCAACGAACUGGAACGAGAGGAGGGCAAGAAGAUUACUAGUGAGAGUAUACAUACUGGUUUCGAUAGCUCCUAUAUCACAAAAUCCGACAAGAAACCCACGCCGGAACCGAAGAAGACGACGAAAAAGAAGGUCCAGGCUGUUGAGGUUCUGAACCCGCAAGCCCUUAACAAAGAUUCCCUGGAGCCAGAGGACAGCCGACAAUCUUCUGGUGCAGAGGCAGACGUUGAUGAGCCGGAAGCUAAUAACAAUGAUGACGACGAUGAUGACGCCGAGGUAGAAGCUUCAGAGAUUGGAAAGCAGUUCGCAAAGAUCAAGAUGGGAGACUAUCGAGCAUGCAUGCAGUUUAUCUCGGAACACCCGCAGGUAGUUGCCGAGAAGGAGACUGACGGAUUAUUGGUUCUCGCAUUUAAUGCAGCGCUCGACGGCAAGGAUGACUACGCUCGACAAUGUGUACACCAGGGCUUACUCCUCCAAUACUGCAGAGCGCUGGGUCGUGAUGGAGUAGGUUUGUUCUUCAAACGUAUCACUACACCCGGCCACCAGGCUCAGAAGGUCUUUUUCGAUGAUGUACAAUCUACGUAUCAACGGAUUAAGUCGAGGACCAAGGAGAUCCAAAAGCAACGGGCCCAGGAGGAAGCUGAUGGCACCGGCGGAGUGGAGCAGAUCCAGCUGCAUGCUGUCGAUCCCGGAACUACAAUCAACAUCAAGAUACCCCCCGAGAACAGUGAAGACCCCGAGGAGAUCAAGGCUAGGGAAUUGUUCAAUGCUUUCCCUCCCGGUUUGCAGAGAGCCUUAGAGAGUGGAAGUUUGGAUGAGGUUAACAAGGUAUUGGGUAAGAUGAGCGUGGAAGAGGCCGAGGAAGUCGUUGGCCAAUUGGGCGAGAGCGGCAUGCUUUCUCUUGAAGAGCAGAUAAUCGACGCCACGACAAAGGAAGGCCAGGCUGCACUGAAGGAAUUCGAGCAGCAGGAGAAAGUAGCAGCACGAGAGGCAGAAGAAUUGUCGGCCAAGUAUGCCGAUGAGCCUGAGUAAUUUGGUUCAGACAUGCAAUCGAAGCAAUGUGCCGUUGAUAGUUAGUAUUCGGCCGUCAACGUACGAGGUUAGGGGCGUAGUCGGCAUCAAGUAUAAAUUAGCAUCAAAAGUCAUUGCAAUCACCUUUAAGAAAGCAU